UCUCUCUAGUUUUUUCCCUCUUGCCUGGAAGGAGUUAGAUCUCUUGAAACCAGACCUCUUGAGAGCAAGCAGCCCGCCGCAACCACAUCCCCGACCGACGGCCGAUCGCGAAGUUCUCCCCCGAGGCUAGGUUGCGCCCAGGGAGACACUCCUCUACCCUUUCUCGGCUUCUGUGCAGAUCCCCGCAUCGUUGCGCAGCGCGAUCCUGUGGCUUAAAACGCACGGCUGUUGGCGAGGUCGGCGCUUUCCUGCACGUUCCUCCUAGUGCUGCUACCCCGUCGGGCUAGGAGCCCGCCUCUUUUUUCCUUCCCACCUGCAUUUAAAUUCAACUUGCUGCAUCCGAAUCCCGCCGAGCUGCGCCCCCGAAGUUUUACCGGCUUCCUUCUGCGCGCGGCUUCUAAGGUUAGCUCCAGCUUGUAUCCAGAUCUCACCGAGCGCCGGAGGUCAGGUUAGAUCCCUCCGCUGGAGAGAGACCCCGACGUGGUCGUUUGCGUCUUGAUCCACGUGCGGCGAGCUCGAGUCCUUCGGGCUCCCUCCCUCGGACCAUUCCCGGCAUCAUGAGCGCCCCCUUAAAGCGAGCCCCGCUGCUCGGCUCCCUCGUGAAGCGGCGAGGCCCUGGCAGCGCGCCCGCCCCUCCGCACCAGCAGCAGCUGCUGCCCACCUCGUCGGUGUGCGCCUUGCAGCCCAAGGAGGAGGUGCCCGUCUGCCCCAGGCAGGCGCCCCACGCGCUUUCCGCGCUGCCUGGCCCCACCAAGUGGCCUCUGAUGGGCAGCCUCUUGGACAUCCUUUGGAAAGGAGGCCUCAAGAGACAGCACGAGACGCUGGCUGAUUACCACCGCAAGUUUGGCAAGAUCUUCCGCAUGAAACUCGGUGCUUUCGAUUCGGUGCACAUCGGUGCGCCCUGCUUGCUCGAGGCCCUCUACAGAAAAGAGAGUGCCUACCCGCAGCGCCUUGAGAUCAAGCCCUGGAAAGCCUACCGGGACUACCGUAAAGAGGGCUACGGUCUGCUUAUCCUAGAAGGAAAAGACUGGCAGCGAGUAAGAAGUGCAUUUCAGAAGAAAUUAAUGAAGCCCACAGAAAUUAUGAAGCUGGACACCAAAAUCAAUGAGGUUCUAGAUGAUUUUAUGCAUCGGAUAGACACACUUUGUAACAAGAAUGGAGAAAUAGAAGAUUUGUAUUCUGAACUGAACAAAUGGUCAUUUGAAAGUAUUUGUCUGGUACUGUACGGGAAGAGGUUUGGGCUCCUGCAGCAGGACACCGGAGAUGAAGGCCUGAACUUUAUCAAGGCUGUAAAAACGAUGAUGAGUACAUUUGGGAAGAUGAUGGUGACUCCUGUUGAGCUCCACAAAAGCCUGAAUACUAAAGUUUGGCAGGCUCACACGAAGGCGUGGGACAACAUCUUUAAGACAGUGAAAUGCUCUAUUGACAGCAGGCUACAGAAACACUCCGCCAACCCCAGCGAGGAUUUCCUCUGUGACAUUUACUUUGGGAGUCAGCUCUCAAAGAAGGAGCUUUAUGCUGCCAUCACGGAACUCCAGAUUGCUGGAGUUGAAACGACAGCCAACAGUCUGCUCUGGGCUCUCUACAACAUCUCCUGCAACCCUCACGUCCAGGCAAAGCUGCAUGAGGAAAUACAGGCUGUGGUCUCCACUGAAGAGAGCCCAAAUGCUGAACAUCUGAAGAAGAUGCCCUAUUUAAAGGCGUGCCUGAAAGAAUCUAUGAGGUUAACUCCGUCUGUGCCAUUUACCACUCGGACCCUGGACCAAGAAAUGGUCCUUGGAGACUACGCUCUUCCUAAAGGGACAGUGUUGAUGAUCAACAGCCAUUCUCUGGGAUGCAAUGAAGAAUACUUCAAUGACUGGAGUCAAUUUAAGCCAGAGCGUUGGCUCCAGAAGAACAUAAAUCCUUUUGCUCAUGUUCCAUUCGGGAUUGGGAAAAGGAUGUGCAUCGGGCGCCGCCUGGCAGAGCUACAGCUUCAAUUAGCUCUCUGUUGGCUUAUACGGAAGUAUCAGAUUGUAGCAACCGAUGACAAGCCAGUGGAAACUCUGCACCUGGGAAUCCUCAUCCCCCAUCGAGAAGUUCCCAUUGCAUUCAGAAGGCGAUAAAGAUACUUUUUGAAGGAAGACAGUUGCUUGAGUGCUGCCUUUUCUGAAGACAACCCCCUUAAAUGCUUGACACCCAACCUCCUUCAGCAACCAGGGGCUAAGCAUGUUUUGACCCAUGUGCUGUUGAUGGAGAGAGAUCAAGGAGCGUCUGAAGUUAGCUUUGACCUUGCUUUGGGGGAAGACCUGUCAAACCAUGCAGCUAAGUAAUCUUUUGAAUUCUCCAGUGAAAACCGACAAGGACCAGCCUUUAUUUUAAAAGGUGCAAACUGAGAAAACAGCAAAAAGACUGGCGUGAGACAAUGGAUCUUUUCAUGCAGCCCUGACAAAAAUCCAUUUCUGUUCACCUGCCCGUGUGAAAUCUUCUGGUCGUGGCUCAGUACAUCCUUCCUGUUAGAUGUUUUUAGGAUCAACUGGCCAAGGGUGGAUGAAAUGAUCAGUGAGUUCAGUGCUGAGGUGUAGGGAGAGGAGAAUUUUGCUGUUUCUCCCAUCCUGCAGGAAUUGUGUAGGUUUUCUGAGGAUUUCUGUCUGCUGCAGGUCUCGUUCAGCAUACCUCCUUUUACAAAAGGAUUCUUGUGAUAAGGAGAAAGAAGCACUCCAAGAGGCUCCUGGAGGUUAUAUAUACAGUAUAUAUUUUUAUAUAUAUUUACAAAGGGGAGGAAAACUGCACAUUUUCCUUUAUAUAUCUAUUAAAACUCAGCCUUGCUGCAGUAGCCGUGAAACCUUUACCAUUACAUGAUUUUGAUAAAACCAACACAGUACCAAACCUCUGCUGAUGGUUCACACUGCAGAAAAUGUGGGCUGAUUCAGGCCAGCUCUGCCUGGAAAAUCCCCAUAGGCUCUACAUAGUUCUUCAUGCUGAUGAACAGACCAUUACAGGGAAUCCUUCUGAUGUGCUUCUGAUGCUCUAGAGAACAACUUGACAGGACUGAUGGGGUGUGCACAGGUCUACCGAACUGCUGCUGUUUUUUUAAAAAUGCACUUGCUCACUUCAGAGUUUGUACAUAUGGGUUGAAGAGAAUAAUUCAAUACAGUCAGGCCUGCAUAAGGCGUGACUCACCAAGUCACACACAGCACCCCAGUAAUGUAUUGGAACCUACCAGGGGCUGCCUAGAAUGCUUUGGGGCGUUUUUGUGUGUGUAAAUGUGGGUAAUGUGUGAAGCACCUUGGCUGCUGAAAUAAGUGGCUGGUGGGUGUUUCACUUUUUUCACGCAGUGCAUGAAUGAAUGAACUCACAAAAAUUUGCUGCUGCAAGGCGAUGUGAUGGGCUGUAGUUUGGAUGGCUCUGAAAUGGGAUUGGACAUUGUCUUCUGUAUGGUUGUACGUAGCCUCCCGAGUUCAGAGGCACAAUUGCUUCCCAAUACCAGCUGCCGGGAGCUACGAUAGGUGAGGAAGAUCCCUUUCCACAACUUGUUUGUUAGACAGUGUGGGGAACAAGUUGCUGCUCUACAUGGACCAUUGCUCUGAUGCUCUUGUAUUCAACUUGGAGAGGCGCAGAGACACACUUCAGCAUCAUGAUCUGCAGUAGCAUAUGAGCAUUAUUUGUUCAUGUUUUCACCCAUUCCUGAAUAAUAUACGCACAGCUUCCUUGUGGUGGUGUUGGAGGGGUUUUUUUACAUGAAUUUUUGUGUUUUUUAUAUUUUAAAUAAACAUUUUUUUAUAUAACAAAGAUCCCUGUACACUUUGGAGAACUGUCAACAGAUGCUGAUUUAUUGUACAGAGUUGCUAUUUUUUUCAGUGUUUGGAAUUUCUCUUGUUGAUACCGUAGCACACACUUUUUUGUAAUAAAAAAAGAAUUUCCAGAUA